UAUGAAGUCAACUUUUCAUAUUGUUUAAUCCAUAUAAGUAAACCAUUCAUUUGAUAGAAAUCAAAAAUUUAACUAAAAAAGAAUUACAGUCAGCGCCUUAUAAUAUAUGGUAGUAGAUCGCAACAGGUUGAAAAGUCCCGCGCUUACGUUGUGUUGCGUUCGCAUAUACGGCGUUCUAAAAGUCAUAUAUACAUACUAUAUGUAGUAUGUAGGCUUUAUUAUAUAGUCUGGUUCUGCAGGUUUUGCUUCUGGCUUCUGGCGGUUGACGAGGGAAUCCGGGAUCGACGUUCGGCGCGGCAUUGUCGGCGUUUUUCCCGAAAAAUGGCAGGAUCUAUUGAGAUUCCGUUAAGGGAUAGUCCCGAUGAGGUUAUAGAAUUGUGCUUGGACCAACUUCCUGAUGGCGAUGAAGUUCUGGGAAUCUUACGACAAGAACAUGCACAGCUCAAUAUUUGGGUCAAUUUGGCUCUGGAGUAUCACAAGCAACAUAAAAUUGAAGAUUUCAUCAAGAUUCUUGAAUCGUCAAGGGUUGACGCCAACAAUGAAUACCGUGACUAUGAAAAGGAUCAAAUGCGUGCCUUGGACAUGUUGGCAGCUCACUAUGUCCGAGAAGCCAAUCGUGAAAAGAAUAAGGACAAAAAGAGAGAUUUAUUUACUAAAGCUACUUUACUGUAUACCACAGCAGACAAAAUUAUCAUGUAUGAUCAGAAUCACUUGCUUGGAAGAGCCUACUUUUGUUUGCUCGAGGGUGACAAAAUGGAGCAGGCUGAUGCCCAGUUCAACUUUGUAUUGAACCAAUCUCCCAAUAAUAUUCCAUCUCUGCUUGGUAAAGCCUGCAUCGCUUAUAAUAAAAAAGAUUAUCGAGGUGCUCUGACUUUCUAUAGGAAAGCAUUGCGAACUAAUCCACGGUGCCCUGCAGAUAUUAGAGUUGGCAUGGGACAUUGUUUCAUGAAACUAAAUAAUCAUGAAAAAGCACGCUGCGCGUAUGAAAGAGCUUUGCAACUUGAUGGACAGUCUGUAGGAGCAUUGGUGGGGCUUGCAAUAUUGGAACUGAAUGACCAGGAUCCUGAAAGUAUCAAAGCUGGUGUACAGAUGUUAUCCAAGGCAUAUACCAUUGAUUCAACGAAUCCAAUGGUGUUGAACCAUUUGGCAAAUCAUUUCUUUUUUAAGAAAGAUUAUAACAAAGUCCAACACUUGGCUUUACAUGCAUUUCAUAAUACAGAAAAUGAGUCAAUGCGAGCAGAGAGUUGCUACCAACUAGCUAGAUCAUUCCAUGUUCAGGGCGAUUAUGAUCAAGCCUUUCAGUAUUACUAUCAAGCAACUCAAUUUGCUUCGCCCAUUUUUGUGUUACCACAUUAUGGAUUGGGACAGAUGUACAUGUAUCGCGGAGAUAAUGAGAAUGCAGCGCAGUGUUUUGAAAAAGUCUUAAAGGCUCAGCCUGAGAACUACGAAACAAUGAAAAUUCUUGGUUCAUUGUACGCCAAUUCUACAUCUCAGUCAAAGCGGGACAUUGCGAAAAAUCAUCUGCGCAAAGUAACUGAACAUUAUCCAGACGACGUAGAAGCUUGGAUUGAACUCGCGCAAAUCUUGGAGCAGAGUGAUCUACAAGCCUCUCUUAAUGCUUAUGGAACGGCGACUCGAAUAUUAAAUGAAAAGGUUCAAGCGGACAUUCCACCAGAAAUUCUAAAUAAUGUAGCAGCGCUGCAGUAUAGAUUGGGAUGUCUCGACGAAGCUAGAAAGAAAUUGAUGGAAUCGUUGGAGCGCUCAAAGGCCGAUGCUGAACAUGACCCAAGCUAUUACAACUCCAUAGCGGUAACGACGACAUACAAUUUAGCUCGCGUCUACGAGGCCCAAUGCAUGUUUGACAAAGCUGAAAAACUCUACAAAGACGUACUAAAGGAGCACCCAAACUACAUCGAUUGUUAUCUGCGACUGGGUUGCAUGGCCAGAGAUAAGGGCCAAAUCUACGAAGCCUCUGAUUGGUUCAAGGACGCUCUUAGAAUCGACAACGAGCACCCAGAUGCCUGGUCCUUGCUUGGCAAUCUCCAUUUGGCCAAGCAGGAAUGGGGUCCUGGUCAGAAAAAGUUUGAGAGGAUCCUCAAAAACCCGUCUACUAACAACGACACCUAUUCUCUUAUCGCGCUGGGUAACAUCUGGCUGCAGACCUUGCAUCAAAGUGGAAAGGAGAAAGAGAGGGAAAAACGUCACCAGGACCGAGCUCUGGCAAACUACAAGUUGGUGCUGAAAACAGACCCGAAAAACAUCUGGGCCACGAACGGCGUAGGAUGUGUCUUGGCUCACAAAGGCUAUAUCAACGAGGCCCGAGACAUUUUCGCGCAAGUGCGCGAAGCUACUGCAGAGUUUCCUGACGUGUGGUUAAACAUUGCCCACAUCUACGUCGAACAAAAGCAGUACGUCAGUGCCAUACAGAUGUACGAGAACUGCCUUCGCAAAUUCUACAUGUACCAUCACGUGGAAAUUCUAGGAUACCUUGCGAGAGCUUACUUGAAAGCCGGCAAAUUAAAGGAAGCCAAGCUGACUUUAUUAAAGGCUCGCAGAGUGGCUCCCCAAGAUCCUGUGCUGCUCUACAAUGUAGCUUAUAUCCUCCAGCGACUCGCUACGAUGAUUUUGAAAGAUGAAAAGUCGACGCUGACUACGGUACUGCAAGCGGUACACGAGCUGGGACUGUCUCACAAGUACUUUCAAUACUUGGGUAGCCACGGCGACAGAAUGGAGCAGGUUGCUGAAGCCGAGGCCAGAAGGUGUCAGGAUUUACUGUCUCAAGCACAGUACCACGUCGCCAGGGCCAGAAGACUGGACGAGGAGGAGAAGAUGCUCAGGAAAAAACAGGAGGAGGAGAGGCAGGCGUUCAAGAUGCGCCAGACGGAGGAGCAGCGCAAAAUGGAGGAGAUGCGGAAGCAGAAGGAGGAACAGAUGCUACAAAAGCGUCAAGAGUACGUGGAAAAAACGAAAAACGCACUGGUCUUCGGAGAAAUGCCCAACGAAAAGACCGGAAAGAAGGGCAAGAAAGGCAAGACCGAGGAGUACAUCAGCGACAGUGGUGGCUCAGGCAACGAGGUCGACGGUGCCGAAGGAGAAAGCUCGCGCGAGAAAAAACAACGAAAGAAGAAGUCUAGCGAUCCCAAAGAGAGGAAGUCUCGUGGAAAAGGAAAACGAAAGCGAGACGACGAGAGUGGAGGUUCAGGGGAUGACAAGCCGAAGUCAAAACGCGGAAAGAAAGGUGGUGGCAGAAAGGAAAAAUCACCGAAGAAGUCGAACAAGGAGUAUUCGGUGCCGAAAUCCCGCAUCAUUUCCAAAGAAACUAUCUCCACAGACGAGUCGGAGAGCGAUAACGAGCGCUCGAAAAUCAAGAGCGGGGAUGAGAGUGACUCGGGUGCACCGCGCGGCAAACGUCGCAUUGCCUCAGAUUCCGAAGGCUCGCGAGCCUCGCGCUCGAGAUCGCGUUCCAGAUCAGGUUCAGGCUCUCGAUCAGGUUCGGGAUCGAGAUCGCGUUCGCGUUCAGGCUCGGGAUCGAGAUCGCGAUCGCGCUCAGGCUCGAGAUCGAGAUCGCGUUCGCGCUCGCGCUCUGGCUCGAGAUCAAGAUCGCGUUCGCGCUCAGGAUCGGGAUCUAGGUCGCGCUCUGGCUCACGCUCCAAGUCCAGGUCGAGAUCCCGAUCAAGGUCAGGAUCAAGGUCUGGUUCUGCUAGAAGUGGUUCAGGAUCCAGAGCUGGCUCGAGGUCAAGAUCAAGGUCCAGAUCCAAAUCAGGUUCAAGAUCAAAGUCGAGAAGCCGAUCCAAAUCAAGAUCACACUCGAGAUCUAAAUCAAGAUCGAAGUCGAGAAGCCGAUCAAAAUCAAGAUCACACUCGAGAUCUAAAUCAAGAUCCAAAUCAAGAUCCAAAUCAAGAUCUAAAUCAAGAUCCAAAUCAAGAUCAAAAUCGAGAUCUAAAUCUAGAUCAAAAUCUAGAUCAAAAUCGAGAUCAAAAUCGAGAUCGAGAUCCAGAUCAAAAUCAGGAUCGAGAAGUGGAUCGAAUUAGAUCAAAACGUAAUGUUCUUUCAUUGUUUUUAGAAUUAUUUUUUAACAAAAUUCUGAAGUUUACAGUUUGAAAGAUUCAAAACAACUUGUAUUGGUCUCAAUUCUCCGCAAAGAAAAAAAAUUAAUAAUUGCUUUAUAUUAAUUAGAUUAUUAAACAAAAAGUCUAGUACUGCUUUGUUUCUUAUAAUUUGUUAAUUAUAAGACAUGUCUAAUGUUAAUUUUGUGACAUCGUAUAUAAGUAUCUAUUAUCAUGUUCCCAGAUAAAAAAAAAUAAAAUUAAUUUUUAUCGCAGCUUGGAUCGAAAUCGGUAAUGGGACUUUUUUAAAAAUGGACAGCAAUUUUUUUUAGUUAAUUUGAGAUAUACGUGAAUUUGAAAUUGAAUACAAGAAAAAUUUGUAAAAAUUUUUUCAACUAUCCUGAUACUUUUGAUUUAUUUUAAUAAUAUGUAAGAUGUACAAUUGAAAUGUAGUAAUAAGCAAACUAUGCUAGGAUUAAAAUUUAUUUCCUAACGUA